UAGCCGCUCCCCAUUAUGACUGCGUCGGCGAUUCGUCUAUAAAAGCCCGGCUCGGAGCGUCUGGUCGCCACAAUCUCUUCCUGUUCGCUCCCUGUGUGUGUUGUUUUCUGCUGGAGCCGCGGUGGCCGUGAAGAUGGCGUCUACCAGCCGUUUGGAUGCUCUUCCAAAAGUCACAUGUCCAAACCAUCCAGAUGCAAUUUUAGUGGAAGACUACAGAGCUGGUGAUAUGAUCUGUCCUGAGUGUGGCCUGGUUGUAGGUGACCGGGUUAUUGAUGUAGGAUCCGAAUGGAGAACUUUCAGCAAUGAUAAAGCAACAAAAGAUCCAUCUCGAGUUGGAGAUUCUCAGAAUCCUCUUCUGAGUGACGGAGGUUUGUCUACCAUGAUUGGCAAGGGUACAGGAGCUGCAAGUUUUGAUGAAUUUGGCAAUUCUAAGUACCAGAAUCGGAGAACAAUGAGUAGUUCUGAUCGGGCAAUGAUGAAUGCAUUCAAGGAAAUUACUACCAUGGCAGACAGAAUCAACCUCCCUAGAAAUAUAGUUGAUCGUACAAAUAAUUUAUUCAAGCAAGUAUAUGAACAGAAGAGCCUGAAGGGAAGAGCUAACGAUGCCAUAGCUUCUGCUUGUCUCUACAUUGCCUGUAGACAAGAAGGGGUUCCUAGGACAUUUAAAGAAAUAUGUGCCGUAUCACGAAUUUCUAAGAAAGAAAUUGGUCGAUGUUUUAAGCUUAUUUUGAAAGCUUUAGAAACCAGUGUAGAUUUGAUUACAACUGGGGACUUCAUGUCCAGGUUUUGUUCGAACCUUUGUCUUCCUAAACAAGUACAAAUGGCAGCUACACAUAUAGCCCGUAAAGCUGUGGAAUUAGACUUGGUUCCUGGAAGGAGCCCAAUAUCUGUGGCAGCAGCAGCCAUUUACAUGGCCUCACAGGCAUCAGCUGAGAAGAGGACCCAGAAAGAAAUUGGAGAUAUUGCUGGUGUUGCGGAUGUUACAAUCAGACAGUCCUACAGACUAAUCUAUCCUCGGGCCCCAGAUCUGUUUCCUACAGACUUCAAAUUUGACACCCCUGUGGACAAACUGCCACAGUUAUAAAUUGAGGCAGCUAAUGUCAAACUCUUACGAUCUUACUGAACUUUGCCUGUUGUACAUAGCUUAUACAAAGUGCUGGAUUGAGCCUUUAUUAAGGAAAAACAAAAGACAUGGUACGCAUUCCAGGGCUAAAUGUUAAUUGCUUGUCAUUAUGUAUGUAUAUACUAGUGAAACAUAUUUAAUGAUUUAAAUUUCUUAUUGAAUUUGCUUUCUUUUGUAGCAAUCUAGGAAACUAUUUUGGAAGAUAUUUGAAAUUAUGUAAUUCUCGAAAUAAAACGUUUUUCAAAACUAAAUUUUUUUGUUAUAAUUAUGUUAUAUGUACUUUAUAAUUUAUAACAUAUAAUUACAAAUAAUGCAUAUUAUCGCAGCUAAUAAAGCUGUUAGAGGCC